AUGGCGGUCAGCCCCAACGGCGUCCAGUUGUCCAUCUGGAUGGCUGUAUUCACUUUCAUCACCAAUGUAGUGAUUGGGCUGCGACUGUGGGCGCUUCAUUUGACCCGCAAAAGACUUCAGCUUUCUGAUUAUUUUGUCAUCAUUGCUCAUACAAGCGCAUGCGCUAUGACCGGCUUGAACUACUGGGCUGUUGCUAACGGCAUGGGAGCGCACACUAGAACUCUUUCAAAGAAAGAGCUCAAUGUGCAGUUCAAGAUGCUUGUGGGGGUGAGUAUGACCUGGCUGGUUGGUACUGUCUGCUGCAAACUCUCCAUCUUGUCAUUGUAUACCAGUCUUUUCCGCACUUUCCGGCCCAUUCGAAUCCUCGUCUGGGUGGUGAGUAGUCUGGUCGUGGGAUAUUUCAUCGCAUUUGUGCCACUGUUUCUUACUCAAUGCCAUCCCAUCUCUUACCAAUGGCGUCCCGUUCCUGGAGGUGGCUGUCGGUCUUUGGAAAUUCAAGAGAUUGCCUCGAUUACUUUGAACAUUGUCCUGGAUACCACGAUCGCGCUGCUGCCAAUUCCUGCGAUAUGGAAAUUACGAAUGUCUCUCCGAAACAAGCUGACCAUUGGCGUCAUGUUUGGCAUGGGUUUGAUCGUUGUUGCGGUCAUGAUCUGGCGACUCGUCAUCACUCUUGAUCCAGAUACCGCGGCAGAUUUCGUAUACGGGCUCUUCAAGAUAGGACUUGUGAGCUUUCUUGAGCUCUGGCUCAGCAUUAUCAUUGUCAGUCUUCCGGUUCUGGCGCCUCUGUUCCGUCAUUACGUGGAGCCUAUCGUUUCACCGAAGCGUCCUGUUGCCGCUCAGCUUCGAGAAGCCCAACAUACAAUUGGAAGCGACCCUCCCAAAAAACCGUUCGCGUCGGGUCCUUACUCUGAAAUCGAGAUGGGUCAUGGAAAUUACUCGGCCCAGAUCAAGACUGGAAUGACUUCAUCACAGAGCGAUCAUGAUGAUACUAUUGGGCUAGUGAGCAACAUGCAACCCAACGCUAUUGCGAUGCGAAGAGAGGUUGUCGUCCUGGAUUCGGAGACGUCCAUGAGUACUAAGUAA